AUGAACAGCUUGGCUUUGUUCAGCGCCUGUUCUGACGACAGCUCGAACCUGGGGUCUACACCGAGAAGCAGCUUGGUGAUCACCUCAGCUGCCUUUCAAGACCACAUUAUACGAACUCUGUCAGGUCCAGGUUUCUCGCUUUAUGACCCCUUGCCGAAAGAUGUCAGAAAAGCAUCCAGAGAUCCCCAAGCAAGACAAAGAGCGAAGAGUUUGCAAAGACAGGAAGGACAAGAGGAGAGAGAACACGUGCUUGAUCCUGCUCCACCACCUUUAUCACUAGCUCAGAAGUUGGGUUUGGUAGCCUCCCCGCGAGAGAGGUUGACUGAGGACGAAUGGAUCCAGGUUAAGGCAAGGUCUGUAGUGCAGAAGGAAUCGGCUCAGCCGUGUGCAAUAUGCAGGGAGGAGUUCUGCCUUCAGUCACAGGGUUUGCUGUCUUGCUCUCACGUUUUUCACAGAACAUGUCUGCAGGCCUUUGAAAGGUAUUCUGGGAGGAAGUGCUGCCCAAUGUGCACAAGAGAGCAGUAUGAAACACGUGUGAUCCAUGACGCAGCUCACCUUUUCAGACACCAGUGUGCUACCAGGAUCCAAGCAUACUGGAGGGGCUAUGUUGCUCGGAAAUGGUACAGAAAAAUCAUAAAAACCAGAUGCCCAAAAGAUAAAGAGCUGAGACGCAAAUUCUUUGAGACAAAGUUGCAGGAGUUGAAUGACAGCUUUGUCCGAUACUGUCACACCGACACGGAGGCUUUUCUGAGUGAUAUCGACCGCUCUCUGUCAUCAAGCAGACAAGUGUUCGAGCAGCUGGAGAGAAAGAGUGUCUCCGUACCUCAGCAGAGCAACUGGGACCGCAUAAAGAGCCAGGUUAUCCAGAGAGGUGUGUGGGACUGCCCCAUCUGCCUGAGCACUCUGUGCAACCCUGGCCUCCCGUCAGAGUGUAGUACGUCCAGCAGACGACUUUGACGCACCGUACUCCUGUCUUGUUCUCAUGUUUUCCACCAGCUCUGCUUGGAAGCUUUCACAACAGAUAGAAGACCUACAUGUCCAGUAUGCAGAUCCCAAUACCACAAACAUCUCAUCUAA